AUGUCUGCGCCUCCACCAUACGAAACUAAUCCAGAUACGCGAACUUUGCCCGAUGGUUGGAUAUCUCAGUUUGACAACAAGUUUUAUGUGAACACCAAAGCUAACCCGCCUGUGACGACAUGGACACAUCCUCUCGGACCCCCGCCCCCGGCACCCCAGCCACAAUAUGCACCUCCUCCCAAUCCACCCCCGGUCAACUCCGGGUACAAUGGUGGUGGGCCGUACAAUAACAACGGACCGAAUCCAGGAUUCCCAUCCGCUCCAGGAGGCAGUGGAUAUGGGUAUAAUAACAAUCAAGGUGGAUAUGGAGGAUAUGGUGGCGGGGGAUAUCAGCAGCAGCAGCAGCAGCCUCCAUAUGGAGGUGGAGGUGGAGGGGAGGAAGCACAAAAACAGGCAAGCUUCUGGUUCCUUUCUGCUUUGAUCUCGCAUGAAACUGAUGGGAGGUACUACACAGGCCUGCUAGGUAGCUUAUUCGGAAAGAACAAGAUUAGCGGUGGUGGUGGAGGCGGGUUUGGAGGUGGAGGUGGUGGAUAUGGCGGUGGAGGAUAUCCUCAACAGUACCCUCAGCAGCAACCCCAGGUCGUCUAUGUGCAACAGCAAGGAAGGCCGCAGAAAUCUGGCGGCGGCAUGGGAAUGGGCGGGCUAGCGUUGGCCGGUGGUGCUGGUUUACUUGGAGGAGUGCUGCUUGCGGACGCUAUUGAUGAUAUUGGUGACAACGACUAUGGAGGUGAUGAUUUCGGUGGCGGUGAUUGGUAA